AUCUAGACUUGAUCUUUGAGAAAAAGUCUAGAAGGGAGAAGAUCGUGUGAGUUGCGUAUAUUCUGGGUUUCAUCUCACGUGCCUAUCCACUAUAUAACUCUGUACGUUAGCACCCACAACAAGAACAGGACUCGAACGACGUCAUCCAAGCCGUCACUGAUCAUAUUCACCAUCUCCACCCCAGAAUCCCCAGCGAUGACCGCGAUGGAAUCCUCUCCCACGCGCAAAGUGGCGCUGAAGCGCAUCCUCAGCCGUCCGGGUCCGUUUGUGGAUGAGCUCAACCCGGAGGCAUACGAGUUCCUGUCCAACAUGAAGAUCCUGGUGAUUGGCGCCGGUGGGCUUGGCUGUGAAAUCCUGAAAAACCUCGCGCUAUCAGGAUUCACCGACAUCCACGUAAUCGACAUGGACACAAUCGACAUCUCCAACCUGAACCGGCAAUUCCUCUUCCGUCCGUCUGACGUCGGCAAACCAAAGGCUCUGGUCGCUGCCGAGUUUGUCAUGAAGCGCGUCAAGGGCGUCACCAUCACGCCUUACUACGGCAAGAUCCAGGAUAAGGACGAGAGUUACUACUCGCAGUUCGGGAUCGUCGUCUGCGGACUUGACUCUGUCGAAGCCCGGCGGUGGAUCAAUGCCACGCUUGUUGACAUGGUCGACGCCGAGAACCCUGAGAGUCUGAAACCGCUGAUUGAUGGCGGCACGGAGGGGUUCAAGGGCCAGGCGAGAGUGAUCCUCCCGACUCUUACGAGCUGCUACGAGUGCUCGCUCGACAUGCUCGGCACGCAACAGACUUUUCCUAUCUGCACCAUCGCCAACACUCCGCGACUACCAGAACAUUGCAUCGAGUGGGCUCUCGCGCUAGAAUGGCCGAAGCGGUUCCCGGACAAGAAGAUAGACAACGACAACCCCGACCACAUCCAAUGGCUCUUCGAGACCGCUAUCGCCCGCGCCUCGGAGUUUAGCAUCGACGGCGUGACGUACUCGUUAACCCAGGGCGUCGCAAAGAACAUCAUCCCCGCGAUUGCGUCGACGAACGCGAUUGUCGCGGCUAGCUGCUGCUCUGAGGCGCUCAAGAUUGCUACUAGCUGCAAUCCGUACCUGAAUAACUACAUGAUGUACUCUGGAAAUGACUCGGUUUACACGUAUACUUUCGAGCAUCAGAAGAAAGAGGACUGUCCUGUUUGCGGGGUUGUUGCUUCUGAUUUCUGGAUCGAGCAGGAUUGGACUUUGGGGCUAUUGAUGGAGAAAUUGACCACCACCCAGGCCGUACGCAUCAAAUCACCCUCACUGAGAACAGCGGAAAAGAACCUCUACCUGCAAUCCCCACCCCAGCUCGAAGAAGCCACGCGGCCGAAUCUCUCAAAACUCGUCACAGACCUCGUGAAAACUGGCGAGGAAGUCAGCGUCACUGACCCGGCGCUGCCGUUCAGUAUCAAGCUCAGGAUCCGGUACUGAGCCUUUGCUUAGUUGUUGCUGUUGAGAGUUGCUUUUGUGGUGGAGUAACGGGAUU